CUCAAGACAGAAAAUAGCAGCGGGGGAGGCUUUGUUUUCCAGAUUUCACAUAUAUAAAUAGAAAAUUCAAGCAACCAAACGCCCUGAAAUCUCCACCGCUAUGGCUGCUUUACAGUAUCUGGAGUCUCUUCGCAACGCGCAUCCCGAACACGCCGAGUGGUACAAUUCCCUUGCAGAUCUGUAUCAGAAGAAGCUGUGGCACCAACUCACUCUCAAGCUCGAGCAGUUCGUUGCUUUUGCUGUCGUUCAGGCUGGUGACACAUUGAUUCAGCUGUAUCAUAAUUUUAUCUCUGAUUUUGAGACCAAAAUUAAUCUUCUCAAGCUUGCACAUUUUGCGGUUAUAGUCUCUAAGCAGUAUAAAGAGAAAGAUGCAGCCAUUAGCUAUCUUGAAGGGGUGAUUGAAAAACUUAGAGAGACUAGAGAACAGCGCAAUGAAGAGCCAAUUCUGUAUAUUAAGAUGCAAUUAGCUAUCUUCAAGCUUGAGCAAGGGGAUCAAAAAGAGUGCAAGAAGCUUCUAGAAGAUGGAAAGAGUACACUGGAUAGUAUGACUGAUAUUGAUCCAUCUGUAUAUGCUAAUUAUUAUUGGGUUUCAUCUCAGUACCAUAAAUUUCGUCAAGAAUUUGCAGAGUUCUACAAAAAUGCCCUUCUUUACCUUGCAUACACAUCAGUGGAAUCCCUCUCAGAACCAUUUAAGUUGGAUUUGGCAUUUGAUCUCUCUCUUUCUGCACUUUUGGGAGAUAACAUCUACAACUUUGGAGAAUUGCUUGCUCAUCCUAUUAUAAAUAGUCUUCUGGGAACACAAGUGGAGUGGCUUUAUCAUAUUCUUCAGGCAUUUAACACUGGCGAUCUAGUUCGCUUCCAGGAAUUGUGUCGCGUGUAUAAUGCGUCCCUGAGAGCCCAGCCAGCGUUAGUUGAGAAUGAGCAGAAGCUAUUGGAGAAGAUUAACAUCCUUUGCCUGAUGGAAAUCAUCUUUAGCCGUCCUUCUGAAGAUCGAACUAUUCCACUAAGUGUCAUUGCUGAGCGUACAAAGCUUUCCAUUGAGGAUGUGGAGCACCUUCUCAUGAAGAGUCUUUCUGUCCAUCUUAUUGAGGGUAUAAUUGACCAAGUUGAAGGAACAGUACAUGUGUCUUGGGUGCAGCCAAGAGUUCUGGGGAUUCCACAGAUCAAAUCCUUGCGAGAUCGACUGGAUAAUUGGCUGGAGAAAGUACACACUGCCUUAUUAUCUAUUGAAGCCGAAACACCUGAUCUAGUAGCAUUGUGAUUUAAUCUUUUUUUAAUCUAUUUUUUGGCAUUUUCCCUUUCUGUUAUUGAUUUCCUCUCUGCCCAUUGUAACAAAUUCUAAAUCCAAAAGGGAAAAAUUUGUAGGCAGCUAAGUGGAGAGACUAGAUUAAGUCACACUAGGGCAGUUGGGCCAACUGGGUUUGCUUCCUUGUCAUAUUGCAGAAUCCUUUUCCUGAAUCAAUUUUCUGAAAGAAGCAGCGCUGUACCUUUUCACUUGGAAUUUGUGAGUUCUAAGUGGCAUGCCUAGAGAUACAUUUGAAUUCAUUUAGAAAAAGAAAGGGCGUAUCUACUUCAGUGUGGUUUAUUAAACUAAUUUGUAUUGAGAAAUUUACUUUGAUCCAUCUGAGAUCUAUCUGCCUGUCUGGUUGCUAUUCAAACGGUAGUUUUAUGCAUCUUGUAUGUGGACGUAGUAGAACAUCAUUUCUGAUGGCUAUUCUCAUAUUUCUAUCGAAGUCUGAUUAAUCCUUAA